CAGGGAAGCAGGUGCGCGAAGAGUCACAGAGAGGCCAUCGUUGUUGUUUACUAACUGUAUUUAUUAUUUUUUUUUUUGGUAACACAGCGAAGGGAUACGCACGUAAAUAACUAAAGAGGACUCAACUUUGGCAAUAAGAAAGCAAAUUUAGCUGCGAAAAGGAAAGAAAAAUCAGAAAAGGUCGGUUUGGGAGGAGUACCUUAUUAACAGGUGAACAGCGUCCUUUGUUGUCUCAAAGUCAACUCGGCGAAGAAGAAGUGGAAAAUGGCCAAUUCGAGCCUGCAGAUUUUGGGAUUCGCCCUGGCUCUUCUGGGCGUAAUUGGACUCAUAAUUGGUACUAUUUUACCCCAGUGGAAGAUGUCUGCCUACGUUGGGGACAACAUCAUCACUGCCGUGUCCAUGUACGAAGGGCUGUGGAUGUCCUGUGCGUUCCAGAGCACAGGACAAAUGCAGUGCAAAGUGUACGACUCGAUCCUGCAGCUCAACAGUGCCCUUCAAGCAACCCGUGCCCUCAUGAUUGUGAGCAUUAUCGUAUCACUGGCUGGUCUGGGCGUAGCCUGCAUGGGAAUGAAGUGCACCAACUGUGGCGGAGAUGACAAAGUGCGCAAGUCCCGCAUUGCAAUGACUGGAGGCAUUAUCAUCUUGAUUGGAGCUUUGUGUUCCAUUGUUGCCUGCUCUUGGUAUGCUAAUGACAUCAUCAAGGCCUUCUACAACCCUUUCACCCCUGUCAAUACUAAGUAUGAGUUUGGUUCUGCCAUCUUCAUUGCCUGGGCUGGUGCAUUCUUGGCUGUAGUGGGAGGUGGCAUGCUGGCAGCAUCCUGUCCAAGAGGCAAAUCACACCAAAGUCAGCCAAAGUAUCCAAUCAGCCAGCCCAGAUCCACCGGCAGCAACAAGGAUUAUGUUUGAACAGGACAGUUAGACGCUGAAGGAACACUUUGACAUUUAUACUUGCCCAACUCAGAGAUUGAAGCAUUGCAAAGAUGUAUAGCAGGAGGUGGAGACCUCGUUUUUUUUUUUUUUUAUUUUAUAUGUUAGUUUCUCCUGGGCUAACCUGUGAUGUUACUGUAAUAUUAUAUUAAACUUACUAAAAUUUUUAAAUGAUGGCUGUUUACUCCUGACAGCAAGAUUGGCCGUGUUCUGUCUGGAUUUGUAUUUAAUGCUUUUGCAUGCUUAUGUUAUGUACACCACCCACCUAUUGUGAAGGUCCUCCCUCAUUCUGCCAAAACACUGUACUGUGGCACUGGCAACAGACCCUUUAGGCUGUGGGGCCUCAAAGGAUCAGGCUUGGUUCGGUGACCCUCCAGGACGUAGUUUGGUAUCUGGAGAGCCUGGAGGGUGGGCCAAUGCUUUGGGGCCUUGGGCCAGUUAUAAACAAUUGUAUUUUUAUUUUUUUCCUCUUCUUGGAGUGUGACAGUUGCACUAGCCUGCUGAGGGAAGUUGCCAUUGCCAUCAGGGAGUGCCAUAACUCAUGAGGGAAUGUGGUGGGUUAAGUUGCCAGCAAUGUUGCGAUAGGUUGUAAGCAUCUUGGCAGAGUGCUACAUUUAAAUCAGAUAAUUUUUUUUUUUUUUUUAACUUGCCUGUGGUUUUAAUGUUGUGGCUGAUUUGAUGUAUAUAGAUGUAAAAUACAAAGUUAAAUUACAAUGAGACCCAAGAUUGAUGUACAAUUUAUGGAAAGCAUUUUUCACAGGCUGCACAAUAGUGUGCUUUGUCAUGUAAUGCAGAUGCACUGAAUAGAAGUGAACUAUGGCAACAGCCCCCCCCCCCCUUUUUUUUUAAACUGUGCAGA